AUGCCGGGAUACAAAUGGCAAGGCGAUGGAGUACAUGUUUGGCAGGUUGUUGCAAACGGUCGAGAGAGCGAGCAGCACGCACAAGAAUUCUCCAAACUUGUGGAGCGAGUGCUCAACGAGAAUGGCGUACACCAGCCCGCCAACAGAGUACUCGCUGUAAUAGUCGGCGUAGGUCUGGUUGGUCUUGAUACCGGUGAUGGCAGCAGCACCCAGAAUCAUGGUGAAAAUCAGAGGAAAACACAGACCGCCGAGCACAGAAAAGAAGACUUUGGAUGGGUUGGAGUUUGGCUUCAUGUAGACGGUGUAGUCGGCGGCGUAGGUGGUCCAUCCGGCAGCGAAACCGAAAAUGGUGCCUCCGAAAGAGAGAACAUCGCCGGCAAAAGUUUCGCCCGAGCCCCACGUGGUGAAAGUUCCGUCGUCGUUGGGAAUGCCCGCGACGAAGACGUUGUCGAUGGACAAUCUGGCGAUGAUGGCGAUGAAAGCGACCAUGUUAGGGAUCCAGGACCACUUCUCGUAAGCGUGGAUGACGUUGUAGCCGAAGAAGCUGACGAGAAUGGUGAGGACGACAAUGAUCAGACACCCGGCCCACGCUGGCAGAGCGUGGUUGUUGACGAUGUUGAGCAGCUGGGCAGAGGACAUGAUGUUCACGGCACCCCAGCCAACACAGGCAACGACGUUGAUGAAGGCGAAGAUCCGCAUCGCAAUAUCUCCAACAAGGUAUCUCGAAAGCACCAUCUGUCUGAGACCAAACUUGGCUCCGUGGAUGGAGAAGAAGGCUACGGGAAUGCCACCCAACAGAUUGAAGAAAAUAAUGGCCAGAACAGAGGUACCAAAGUCAAGGCCAAAAACACCGUAGGACAGGCAGCCAAUGUUGAAGGUGGCAAUCACCAUGUUGGCAGAGAGCCACAUGGACGCGCAGGUCCAAAGAGAGCUUUGGGUUUUCUCCUCCACGGGAAUCAUCUCGAUACCUCUUGUUUCACCAUGGAACAUGCUCAUGAUGUUGGCGUAGAAGCCAGAGAGUCUGGUCUUCUCCACCUCGGAGGUCUCUUGGACGAAAGGCUCGUCGCUCAGCGACUCGUCGAUCUUCUUCUCAGGGUCUGGGGCCAUUUUGUGCUGAUUGGGGAGGCAGAUAACGUUCGUUUAUAUAGAAAAUUUUUCACGCUAGAUGACAUGCGGCCAACAAACAAUGCAGGCUGCGGGCCAAACAAGCAAAAAGCCAUACGGACUGCCUUUAUCUGA